CAAAAAAUCUUUAGUUUACAUAGAAGACAAUACAGUUUAUAACACUCAUUUAAUCUACAUAUAGUUACAUAUUUAAAAUACACUGUAAACUUAGCAAAAGGGCGUGAAUUAGAGGUGAGAUUUAAGAAUAUGGCGCGUUUGGUGUUUACGGAUAAGGAUCACAAUGCCUACGAUCCCAAAAAGUACAAGGUGGUUCACAAGAAUCAUUGGCGUCAGGUCAGCCUUCGAUUGGCGCCCACACAGAAGAAAUGGUGGGAGGAUCCCGAUGUCAUUGUUGCCUUCAACUUGCCGCGCAUCAGCGCUCGCCUCGAGCGUCUCAUGGGCACCAACGUGGUCAAGUUGACGGACCGGGCCUACAUGAAGGAAUUGCGCGAACGCAUCGACGAGGAUUACCGCAAGCAGCUCUUGGCCCGCAUUAGAGCCCGUGAGCUUAAAGAGGUGGAGCGUGAGCGCAUGCUGAUUAUUGAAGGAAAGUCGGAUAUAAUACCCGAGGAACUGGCCGACGAUCCCAUCUUCAUGGUCAACAAAGAUGCCAACACAGAGAUACUCAAAGAGCGCUCCAAGCUGAAAACAAGUCGCGAGAAGAACGCCGAGAGACUAAAGGUGCAGGGCGUUAAAUGGGAGCGAGAGAGAUUGCAACAUGCGGCCAAGGAGGCCGAGAUGUUGGCCAAGAAGCACGAGAGACAGCGGCAACAGAAGCUACUCGUCGAGCAGUACAGAACCGAGGAUGCCGAAAGGGGCAUGGACCUGUUGCGCAUCCAUAAUGAGGAUUGGCGGGAAUGCGAACAGAAUCUGAAGGAGUUCCUGGAAAGUGAACGGGCCAAAAUGAAGGAACGUUCACUGCGUGUGCCCAAACCGUUCACUUCAGAUCCACAGGAUAUAUUAAAUAUAGUGCGUGCUCGUCAAAAGUUUCGGGAGACAGAGCUGCGUAUACGUCAUCAGCUGGAGGAUGACAAGAAAAUCGUGGUACCUGUUAGUGCGGCUGGCAAUGUGGACAACUUAAUAAUGGAGGACAUCAUUGGAGACACCAUUGAGAUGCCAAAGGAACCUUCAUUGGAUGGCGAUUAUCCCGGAGCCAUACAAACCAAAUAUAUGGAUGAUGCCUCCGAUGUGUCCGAGGAGUCGGUUAAGAGUGAAAGUCUCAUCAGUCUGACAGUUGCCAAGCAGGAAUAUGCCGAAGUUCUGCAGGCCGAGAUGGAGGAUGAGUAUAAUCGGGGACUUCUGAUAUCCAAGCAACAAUAUGAUCAAUUGCGCUUCGAGGAUGAGAAAAUUGUGGCCCUACGCAAUGCCAAGAAUAUACUCGAGCUCUAUCAGCUGGCCGAGCAGAUUAUUAUGGGUGAUGUGGUCGAGGACGAGCCCGAAGAGGUCGGCAAUGAGUCGGGAGCAGAGUCUUAAAAACCAGUUAAAUAAUCGUUACUUUAUUUAUUUUCGAUGCAUUUCUGUCACAUCUAUUAACGGUACAAAUUAUUUCAAAGAAGUUUUCAAACAUUAGCCAUAUACUUGUAAAUUUUACUCGAUGACAAACAAUUGAUGAUGAAAUUUUAUCAAAAAAUAUCUCAAAAUUGUCAAAAUUGCAGAAAAUUUUGCGGGAACUGGAUAUAUGUACACAAAAUAUCCAAGGCGUUAGGUUAGACACUAUGGCGAACUGUCAAUACGAAAUCUCAGUAGCAGUCAGUGCGAUUUACCUGUUGAUAUGUGUCAAUGAAGUUUAAUUAAAGCUGUAACCUGUUGAAGAUAAUAAAAACCCACAUAUUAAACUUAA